AUGCGCUCCUCUUCUUCACGACAACCUCAAAUGCAGUCCUAUUACGCCAUCGCCACCGUGUGGGCGCUCAUCAUUGGCGCCGCCACCUACUACUUCUUCUCCAACUCCAAGCCCAAGGCUGUCUUGCAGCGAGGAGAUACGGCCUUCAAGGAGUUCCCUCUCAUCCAGAAGACGGUGCUCUCUCACAAUUCGGCCAUCUAUCGAUUUGGCCUGCCCCGACCCUCCCACGUGCUGGGUCUGCCCAUCGGACAGCACGUGUCGCUUUCUGCCAACAUUGGAGGCAAGGAGGUGCUGCGUUCCUACACCCCCACCUCGUCCGACCUGUACGACAAGGGCUACUUCGACAUUCUCAUCAAGACCUACCCCCAGGGAAACAUCUCCAAGUACGUGUCUGAGCUGGCCAUUGGUGACACUAUGAAGGUGCGGGGCCCCAAGGGCAACUUUGUCUACAACCACGGCCUGGUCGAGUCCUUCGGCAUGGUUUGUGGAGGAACCGGCAUCACCCCCAUGUACCAGAUUCUGCGACACAUUGCCGCCGAUCCCGCCGACAACACCAAGGUUAACCUCGUCUACGCCAACGUGAACCACGACGACAUUCUGCUCAAGAAGGAGCUGGACGCCAUUGCCGCCGAGAACGACAACAUCAAGAUCCACUACGUGCUCAACAACGCUCCCGAGGACUGGACCGGUUCCGUGGGCUUUGUCACCAAGGAGAUUCUCGAGAAGCACUGCCCCCCUCCUGGCCCCAACACCAAGCUGCUUCUGUGUGGCCCCCCUCCCAUGAUCUCUGCUCUCAAGAAGGCUUCCGUCGAGCUCGGAUACGAGAAGGCCCGACCUGUCAGCAAACUUGAGGAUCAGGUCUUUGCCUUUUAA